CUUUUAUUUGUGUUUCUCUAAUUAAUAUUUUCUUUAAAUAUAUAACACAAUCUAAAAAAUAUAAUAGAUUAAGUAUAUAUAUAUGACAUUUAUAUAUAGUUGAGUGGAAAUCUUAUACGGUCGGUUAAUUCUUUGAAUUGGAGAAAAAGUCGUUUGAAUAGAUGUCUUUGAGAUAAGAUUGGUUGAAAAAAUGCUCAAAGUUACGAUAAUGUUUUUUUGGGGCCAAAAAACAUGUGAAAUAACCAUGUCAAACUCUUAAAAUUAAACAUCAAAGGUAAACCAAUAUUAUUCUUUCCCAUUUGAUUAUGCAAACUGCAAAAUACUUAGUAUGAUGUUAGGUAUAUAUUCAUCAUUUAGAUUGGUAGUUAAUGAUACAUACAUAUAAAAUACAGGAGACGUCGACAGCGCAUUAUAUAAUACAACAAUACUUAGCGGCGACGGGAUGUCUAAAGAAAGCGAAGGCGGCCAAGAACAUGUACGCGACAGGGAUAAUGAAAAUGAGUUGCUGUGAGACGGAGAUCGCCGCCGGAAAAAGCGUGAAGACACUAGGCGGCGGUGGAAACGGUCGGAGCGGAGAUAGUGGUUGCUUUGUAUUGUGGCAGAUGCAGCCUGGAAUGUGGUCUCUCGAGCUUGUACUCGGUGGUACCAAACUCAUAUCCGGGUCAGACGGUAAAACCGUUUGGCGCCAUACGCCAUGGCUCGGCACUCACGCAGCUAAAGGCCCUCAACGUCCACUUCGACGCCUAAUCCAGGGCUUGGACCCAAAAACGACAGCAAGCCUAUUCGCCAAAGCCCAAUGCUUAGGCGAGCGAAGAAUCGGCGAUGAUGACUGUUUCGUCCUCAAAGUAUCCGCGGAUCGUGACUCGUUGAUUGAACGGAACGACGCCGGAGCUCCGGCCGAAGUUAUACGCCACGCACUGUACGGAUACUUCUGCCAAAAAAGCGGUCUCUUGGUGUAUUUAGAGGACUCGCACCUCACUAGGGUUAUCACGAUCUCGCCUGAAGACGAGGCGGUUUACUGGGAGACGACAAUCGGAACUAGCAUCGGAGAUUACCGUGACGUCGACGGAGUAGCCAUCGCGCAUUGCGGACGCGCCGUGGCGACGGUGUUCCGAUUCGGGGAGACGUCGUUGCAAAAUAGCAGGACGAGGAUGGAGGAGAUUUGGAGGAUAGACGACGUCGUUUUCGAUGUGCCGGGUCUCUCGUUGGACUCCUUUAUUCCUCCCGCGGAUAUUUUUGAAGAUACUAAUUAUAAUAAUUAUAACAUUAACAUCAAUGUUAAUUCUCGAUAAUUAUUAUUUUGGACUUACUUAAUAUUGGUGGGUUAGUUGGUGAUGGUAUAUGUAUGUACAUGUUUUGUUUUAUAAAAAAAAAAAAUCUAAAAAAACAUGUUUUUUUUUUUUUUUGUAAUUUGGGUUUGUAACUUGUAACUUUGUAAUAUAAUGACGAACUCUAAUAUUGGUUUAACAAAAAUCCAUGU